UUAGCCAUCUGGUUCGUGUCCGGCGAGGAGCACGUUUACGCCCUUCCUUCUUCCGCUUCGUUUCCUUGCCGGCGGCGUCCGUCAAGCGGGAACUUAUCCGAAAGCUUUAGGUCAUUUGCUGAUGGCAUCGAAGCGGAUCUUGAAGGAAUUGAAGGAUCUGCAGAAGGAUCCUCCGACGUCCUGCAGUGCAGGUCCGGUUGCUGAGGACAUGUUUCACUGGCAAGCAACAAUAAUGGGUCCUCCUGACAGCCCAUAUGCUGGAGGAGUAUUUCUAGUCACCAUCCAUUUCCCCCCUGAUUAUCCCUUUAAACCACCUAAGGUAGCUUUCAGGACAAAGGUCUUUCAUCCAAAUAUUAAUAGCAAUGGGAGUAUUUGCUUAGACAUCUUAAAGGAACAAUGGAGUCCUGCCUUAACCAUUUCCAAGGUUCUGCUCUCGAUUUGCUCUCUCCUGACAGACCCAAAUCCGGACGACCCAUUGGUUCCAGAAAUUGCCCACAUGUACAAGACUGACAGGGCCAAAUAUGAGACCACUGCCAGGAGCUGGACUCAGAAAUAUGCUAUGGGUUAAAGAACAACAAAAGCUACAACUGAACCCACCGAUUCCAAUUUCAAUUCCAAUCAUGUAGGCUGAUCUAUCUCCCUUUUUAUCUCAAAUCCAAAUUCUGACUGUUUGCCAUAUUUAUUUUUUCAUCUUAUGAAUCUGUAAAGUUUAUUCUGUUGGGCUUUCAUGUGAAAUCAAUGCAUCAAAUUGACAUUUUUCUUGGUGAAUGGCUGAUACCAUCAUCAACAACUUGAGUGAUCUAUACAUUUACUUCGUCCCCUUCCAUUGGUAAGUUCUCAUAUACAGGAUAUAUUAGCUUUGGCUGAUGGAUUAUUUUC